AUGGCCGACCCAUUCGAUUUCGAUGGAGGAGCACCUCGUUCCUCGCCAAGGAGUCGCAAGACUACUACUAACGCCACUACUGGAGGCGCUGCAGUACAACCAAGAUUGACAAAAUUGAGAUUCAAUGACAAGAUUGUGCCAGUAACUGCUGCAAAACCAAUCAGCUCAACAAAGUUGGUUGAUCGACUCAAUGCUCUAUCAACAGAACUGUCAAAAAUGGAACAGGAACGAGCCGACACAAAGUCAUUGGACUCCUACUGCAAGGAUUUGAUCUCGCCGUCGCUAAUCAUGCACAAAGACAAGGGUGUCAAGAUAUUGACUGCUUGUUGCAUUGCCGACAUGUUGAGAUUGUAUGCUCCUGAUGCUCCAUACACUGAAAACGACCUGAGGGACAUUUUCGAACUCUUCAUCUCGCAGCUAAAAUACCUCGCAGAUCCAACCAACUCCUACGCUCCAAAAUACAACUACUUGUUGGAACAACUCUCCUCAGUCAAGAGUAUUGUCCUCGUCACUGAUUUAAACGGUGCUGAUGACUUGAUUACUCUAAUAUUCAAAGAAUGUCUUGAAUUGAUCCAACCGUCAACAAGCAAACCCAUAUAUGCCUCUAUCUUGGACAUAUUGAUAUGCUUGGUGGAUGAAUGUGCUGCUGUGCCAGAAGAUGUGGUUGAUAUGAUCUUGGACCGGUUCAAGAAAAGGAAACGGGAUGAAAACCCAACGGCAUACGCUCUUGUUAUAAAUUUGUGUAAUGCUGGGUCUGAUAAACUACAGAGAUACGUGUUUCAGCACUUUGCGGAUAUCAUCACAACAUCAGUCAAAGACCAUGACGAAGACGAUGACGAAAAAGACGAAAACGAAAUCCAAAAAGCUCAUAAACUGAUUGCAGAACUAUAUCGAUCUUGUCCUGGUGUGCUUUUGAAUGUCAUUCCACUAGUUGAAGAAGAAAUGAAGGUUGAUGAUGAUGGUUUACGAAUGUUGGCUACUACGGUACUGGGUGAUAUGUUUGCCGAGUCAUCAUCACGACUUGGUGUUUCGUUUCCGGGAGUUUGGAAGACUUGGAGGAAUGAUAAGAAUCAAGCCAUUCGACUCAAGUUGUUUGACUAUGCUCCCAAGAUCUUUAAGAAUCAUCCAGAGCUUGCCGGUGAUAUUUCUGCCUGUUUGGAACAAAAACUUCGUGAUCCAGAUGACAAGGUUCGAUUGGCUUGUAUCAAGGUCGUGCAAUCUCUAGAUCUUGUUCUUGCAUCGUUGCUGUCAAAAAAUGUGCUGACUGAAGUUGGAGAGAGAUGUCGGGACAAAAAAGUGUCUAUGAGAUCUGAAGCCAUUACCGCAUUAUCGAAACUGUACAAGCUUGCUUACAACGAUAUUAUCAAGACUGACGACAUUGGUCGACGAGCCAAAGAAAGAUUUGAAUGGAUUCCUGGUGUUAUUUUGGAUACCUUCUACUUGGAUGAUGCUGAAACGCUCGUCUGGGCUGAAAAGGCACUGGAUGAAGAUAUCCUGACACACAUUGAAAACCACAAGGAACGCACUGAACGAUUGUUGAAUGUGAUGCUCUCUCUUUCACCGAGAUCUCGUGGAGCACUUACUUCCUUUUUCGGGCUCCAAGCAAAGACACAAGUGAAGACUGCGUUCUUUUUGGAGACGUGUGUCAAAUACAAUGGUGGAGUCAUGGACGAGAAUGAAGAUCAGAUUCGGAAACAAAUGAAGAAGAUUCUUGAAGCCUUGACAGUACGAUUCCCUGAUCCGCAGAAAGCCAAGUCCAACUUGAUGAAAUUUGCAACAAACAAUGAAGCUCGAUUGUACAAACUUAUUCGAGCUGCCAUGGAUCCAAACUCGGAAUACAAGCAUGUGUACAAGGCCAUCAAAGAGAUACAGACCCGAUUAAAGGAAACUCCGGCAGUGUUGGAAACCAUUCAAAUCCUUCUUCGUCGUGUAUCAUUCUUGAUUAUUUCCAGACACACUAUACCGGCCUUGCUUGAGCAUAUUACUCACAGUGAGGGUGAAUCCAAGGCGUUGGCAGACCAACUCGUCAAGGAACUAAUUUCUAUAUUUCCUGGCUUGGGCAAACAAGAUGAAACUCUACAGGAUUUCUCCAAGACUUUGCGAGCGGGCGAUGAGGAUAUGGCAAUAAUUUCUGAUCGUUUGGAAGCCUAUGCUAGUCUAAUCAAACGCCAUCCAACAAAAGCACCCACCGAUACAACGUCGUUGACACGCUUAUCCAAGUUUGUCAAGGAUGGUACUCCAUCUGAAGCACGACAUGCCAUGAUUAUAUUAGCACACAGUACUGCUUCUGAACGCUUCUUGAAGGAAUUAUUGGGCUAUAUUGUUGACUCUUUUAUUGAUGUUGACCAACACCGACUCUUGACCCAUUUGAGUGGGUUGGCUGAACUGGCAAGACAUGCGCCAGCAUUGUUUGAUACGAGGACGACAGAGAUUGUGGAUUUCUUGGUUAAGGAUUUGUUGAGGAAGAAUCGUGACGGCAGCACUGAUCCCAUGGAAGUGUGGGUAGAAGUAGAAAAGGCACCAGCCGAAUUAGGCUUCAAACUUUCAGCCUUGAAAAUCCUAGUGAAACGCCUAAUGGCCGUUUCUAAAACAGAUAAUUCGAUACCUGAUUUGGCACAACCAGUGUUUCGAUUACUUCGAACUAUAAUUCAAAACAAUGGCUUGGUGUUUGCUACUCAACCUGAAUGUCCCAUGUAUCAAGCUUAUUUGAGACGAGAAGCUGCAGUCUCGAUGAUACGGCUGAAUAAGAGGAGUGUUUAUCUUCAGUUUAUGGAGUUUCAGGAUUAUGUGAGAUUGGCUACAAUUGCUCAGGACAAGUACUUUCAAGCAAGAGAAGCAGUAUAUGACACCUUGAAGAAGAAUCUUGAUAUUGACGCUAUAUCCUCAUCCUUCCUUCCCAUCAUCAUAUACGGUGCUUUUGAACCUGAAGAUCAACUGCGAGCUCGUCUGAGAACAUUCUUGACUCGAUAUGCUUCAACCAUGAGUAGAAACCCAGCACAAUCCAAACAAACAGCUGCAGAACGCAGUCUAGUCCGUUUCAUACAUUUAUUAUCUCACGAUGCUGAUUUUGAUGGAAGUGUUGAAAUACUUGCUGAGUAUGGAGGUUAUUUCAUGUUCUUCCUUGAUGCGAUUGCACAUCAGAGGAAUGUAGGGUUUAUGUAUACGAUGGUUGGAGAAUUGAAAUUGCAUAAGGAUCGGCUUGCUGAUGAUUCAACCAAACUGUAUAUACUAUCCGAUUUAGCGCAAAAGGUUAUACGAGAAUGGAGUCUCAAGCAUCAUUUUACUAUUGAUGCGCAUGAAGGCAAAAUGUCUAUGCCCAAGGAUUUGUUUGAGAAGCUUACUAGUGUUGAAGCUUCUGAAAUUAUUCGAAAGAACUAUGUACCAGCAAACGUGGUAAUCGAUUCCACCACCUCAACAAUAACCGCUGCCACAAUAUCCAAAAAGGCAUCUCCUAAAAGCAUAAAGGCAAAAACUUCUGCUAAAGCUAAAGAAGCAGAAGCAGGAAGUGACGAUGAUUCUUCAUCGUCUGAAAUCCAAAUGUUUAAAAGGAAACCAACGAAACGGGCUCGUAAGGCUAAAGAUUCUACACCGAAUGAUGAUGACAUUGAGAGUGGGUCUGAGGCUGAUGGUGGUGAACCAGUUCCCAAGAAGGCGAAGAAGGCUGCUGGUAAGAAGAAGGCGGUGCCAGAGUCUACUAGAAAAAUGGCUUCAAGAGCAGCUAAAAGGACUCAUCAGAAAUAUGCAGAAAAGAAUUCAGAUGAUGAGGAAGGGAAUGAUGAUAAGCCUACCUUUGUUGGUGCGAAACAAGCAACAACACCUGUUUCUGAUGAUCCUAUGGAUGAAGACAUUCGUGUCGAGCCUGCUGGAGAAGCUAUGGAGCAAGACAACAACCAGGAAGAAGAGGAAGAAGAAAAGCUGGUAGAUCCACGUGUUAAGAGACGACAGAUGCAGAAUGGGCAUCGCGAAGCUGAUAAGGAGAAUGAACUGAAUCAAUCAAGUACUGGUAUCCUUGUGGAUGUCAAUACCCUAUUUGAAGACGAAACGAGGGUUGCUGAUGAUGGUCUACGGAUGUUGGCUUCUGCUGUGUUGGGUGAUAUGGCUACCCAGUCAUCAUUGCGAGUAGUAGCUGUCUUUUUCGGUGGCAGGAAGGAUAAGAAUCAAGCUAUUCGACUCAAAGGGUUUGACUAUGCUCCCAUGAUCUGCAAGAAGUAUCCAGAGUUCGCCGGUAACAUUAUCUGGUAA